ACUUCCCAUCACCCAUCAAACAUAACUGCAAUCUCCAUACUAUCUUUAAUCUAUGCAGAAUGCAUCCGCGCUCAUCUGCGUCUGCAUAAUCAGCCUGUUCUGCAGCCCACGUGCCACGUCUGUUGGCUACUAAACCAUGCUAGCCUCCGCCGCCCAUUCUUCCUCUCCUCCCUCUUCUUCUUCUUCUUCUCGCCCCUCCGCGUCUACGAGCUCCCAUCAUGAGCAUCCCGGGCCUUCGCACUGCUCCUUUAAUCCUCAAUCGUCCGCUACCGUCGCGUAUUCCGCUUCUGUCGGCUCCCGGUUGGCCCAGGGAAUCGAGGAGCUCCGGUCCGCUUUAAACAGACACUCUGCGGUCGCUAAUUCUUCAUCCCCCUCUGCCUCCUCAUUCCCCGGGCCCUCGAGGGACCGACUCUGUGCUACGGUCCCCGCUGAGCUGGCCGCUGAUGGGUCCAGAGCAAAAGCCAACACAGACUCACUAACUUCUUGGCAAUCUGAGAUCCCGGUAUCCAAUCCUGCAGCCGCUGCCACUGCCACUACUGCUGAUGCAACCUCGAUCAUUCCAAUGCCUGACGCCGAUAACAAAACUGCCCCCGACGAGCACAACGGUCUCGACAGUAAUGUCACCAAUGCUGCGCCCCGCGUGCGGUCCCCGGGCUUGGCCGUCGAGAAUCCUAAGGCGAAAAGACUACAACCCGCAAAGCCUCCGGUUAAGUUUUUGCCCGAGUGCUAUGAAUUUGCAGAUCCCAAGGACAUCGUCGUGUUGAUCUCCAGCAUGCUGAUGGAGCUAAUUCACUUCAACGACAAGAUCCCCUUGCACCAAGGUCGUCUUACACGCUUCCAUUCUCGGUCUCCGCCUCGAAUCUCUGUCCGCGACUAUCUUCAGCGUCUGACCACCCAUGCUACCCUCUCACCCCCCCUUCUCCUGAGCAUGGUAUAUUAUAUCGACCGGCUCUGCGCACUUUACCCUGCAUUCACCGUUUCGAGUCUUACGAUCCACCGGUUUCUGAUCACCAGCGCAACCGUCGCUAGCAAAGGCCUAAGUGACAGCUUCUGGACCAAUAAAACGUAUGCGCGAGUCGGCGGGAUCAGUGUGGCAGAAUUGGCUUUGUUGGAACUGGAAUUUCUCUUCCGGGUUGAGUGGAGGAUCGUUCCCCAACCGGAGGUGCUGGUUGAUUAUUACAAAAGCCUCGUGGAAAGGUGUGAGGGCUAUGAGAUCCAACGGGAGCGAAGUGGUGACGGUAACACCCCUGUCACGGCCCUUGUCUCAGAUGCGGUAGAUGAAGCGAAAUGAAUAAUGAAUAACUCUUACGUCAUUGGUCUACAUUACCUGGGACGACUCCGCUUGCUCUUAGUCCUGAGACCUCUCAACCCCAGGAUUCCAAGGCUGGUUGACGAAUUCUGUCAUCUUUCUAGUACAUAAUUACGAUUGCACACAUGACUGUGUCGAUUGUAUCGACCAUCCAUACAACUUACAGGACUUGGUGCGCUGAUAGCGCGCUUGGGCGAUUUUUUCCUUCUCCUUCGCCGAUAUACCUUAUUGCUUAAAAUUUAUCAUUUAGGCGUUUUUUUUUUUUUUUUUGUUUU